CCGAGGGUAUGAUUUUGUUCAGUGAGUCGUGAAACAUGAUGCAAAGAUGAUUCUGUACUUGCUUGUUAUAUUGACUGUGCUGUGGACGGUUUUCUUUAAGUUGAAAAGGAGGCAAAUGUACAAGCUAGCUGCGCUAAUACCUGGGCCUAAGAAAGAGCUUCCGAUACUUGGCAUCGCACACACAUUCCUUGGGGAUGCAGAAGGUACAAUGUCAUCCUUACAGUAUUAUAGUUAUGUCUCUAUGCAGCAUGGAAUAAUUCGCGCGUGGCUUGGUCAUAUUUUAUAUUUUAUUGUCGUCGACCCCGUGGAUAUUGAAAGGGCGCUGAAGACGUUUAUGGAAAAAGAUGAUUUACACAGGUUUAUUCGAAAAGUCAUUGGUAAUGGAGGUAUUUUUGCACCAGUAUCAAUUUGGAGACGGAGACGCAAAAUAUUAACGCCAGCGUUUAGUCCGAAAAUUGUGGAGAAAUUCGUAGCAGUAUUUUCGGAGCAAAGUGAGAAGAUGUCAGAAAAGUUAGCGGAGUGCGCCAAUGGGAAAGAGUUUAGCGUUUGGUCGCAUUUAUCGUCGUAUACUCUUGAUGCGGUUUGUGAAACUGUGAUGGGUGUGAAAAUGGACGCACAAGGCAAAUCGGUAUCCCCGUUCCUGAUGUCAAUGAACACUCUAAUGAAUGUGAUCUGUGAAAGGAUAUUCCACCUGUGGCUGCAACCAGACUGCAUCUUCAAACUGUUCCCGCAAUACAAAGUCCAAAAAGACGGCAUUGGUGUGCUACACAGCUUCACUGACGACGUUAUAUGCAAAAAGAGAGAAGAAUUGAAAAUCGAGAAACAGUCACAACCUGAAGUUGAUAAGCAAUUGGAUUUGCAAGACUACAAAACAAGGAGUUUCCUGGAUAUGUUAAUCAGUUUGUCUGGCGGAGAGAGAGGCUACAACAAUGUGGAGCUACGGGAGGAGGUGCUUACUUUGACCGUGGCUGGGACCGAUACAUCUGCUGUUGCUAUUGGAAACACCUUGAAAAUAUUGGGGAAAUACCCGAAAGUACAAGAGAAACUGUAUGCCGAACUUAUAGAGGUAUUCGGCGAGACCAAACGACCGCUAGUCAAAGAAGAUUACGCCAAAUUGAAGUACUUAGAUAGAGUAGUCAAGGAGACACUUAGAUUAUUCCCACCUGUACCUUUUAUUAUAAGAAAAGUAUUAAAGGACUCCAAACUACCUUCUGGCUACGUUUUGCCCGCUGGCUCUGGGGUGGUAGUAUCCAUAUGGGGCGCUCACAGAGACCCUAAAUAUUGGGGCCCUGAUGCAGAGAACUUCGAUCCUGACAGAUUUCUUCCGGAGCGGUUCAAUUUGGCUAACUCUUGCAGUUUCAUGCCUUUCAGUAAUGGACCAAGAAACUGUUUAGGAUACCAAUACGCUCUGAUGUCGGUGAAGGCAGCAGUGUCGGCAAUUAUUAAAAACUACAAAGUAGUGGGUUUAGAAGAGACCAGUCCCGCUCCUAAGAUGAGAAUGAAACUAGAAAUAAUGAUGAAGGCUGUGGAUGGAUAUCGGAUUGCAUUAGAGAAGCGGAGCUCUUUAUAGCAUAGUUGCUUAAGGAUAGUUCGCGGCUUAACAGUGAUAAUAGGACUUUAAUAAAUUAAAUAGGAAUUAAUUACUAUGGUCCAGGUGAUCUUGUAAAAUUGUAACAGUAGUAUAAUAAGAAAAUUAAUUCUUUGAAAUAAUUGAUUCCAAACUUAUUUAUUUGUCGGUGGUGUAAAUAAAUAUUGUAUAAACUAUAUCGAAAUGACAAAAGUUACAACGACUAUAAUGUUAAUAAAUAUAGAUUUAUAAUAUUAUAUUUAUAUUAUUAUUACAGCAUAAAAAAAAUGUACAAGCUGUCACAAAUAAACAAUAAUCGUGGCUCUAUGAGGCCGAAAUUGCAAAUACAAUCAAUUGUGAGUUUUA